AUGUUAAUGUUCACUACCACCGAUCUCGUUGCGAUCUGGAGCAAGGUGCCAACAGACAAAGGCGAGCACGAGGUAAUCAUUGCCUCUGCAUACCUUCCAGGAGAUGAGGAAACUGCUCCAACAAGGGAACUUGUAGCCCUAGUCAACUACUGCAAGGAGAACCACCUACGCUGGAUAAUAGGAUGCGAUGCGAAUGCCCAUCAUACGAUAUGGGGCAGCACAAACAUCAAUGCGAGAGGACAACAACACCAAGAACAACAACACCAAGGACAACAAAAACAACACCAAGAAUUACAUCAAGAACAACAACACCAAGAACUACACCAAGGACAACAACAACAACACCAAGAACUACAUCAAGAACUACACCAAGAACAACAACACCAAGAACCAGCAGCAGCACAAUGUCAUCGACAGUUCUAA